AUCGUUAAAGAACGUCACGUAUCAAGAUCAUGGAUGACGCAGAGUUAGAACAGUUACGAAAAGCUCGUCUGGAGCAACUGAAGGCUGAAGCUGGUGGCAGUGGAGGCGGUUCUUCUGGUCAGGAACAACAACAGCAGCGCCAGCAACAGCAAAAUGAUGCUCGCCAACACAUCCUCAACCAGAUCCUCCAUCCCGAAGCCGCCGACCGCCUAGGUCGUAUCCGACUUGUGAAAGAGGAGCGUGCCGCCGAUAUCGAGAACCGACUUAUCACGCUUGCACAAACCGGUCAACUUCGACAGAAGGUCACUGAAGCACAACUCAAGGAGCUUCUGAACGCUAUGUCGGAGAGCAAGGAGGAGGAGAAGAUUGUUGUGAGCAGACGCAAGGCGUGGGACGAUGAUGACGAUUUGGAUCUGUAAGAGGUGCUUGUGAUACCAUGGAAUUGAAGAUCAGAGCGAGGAAAUAAGGCAAAUUCGUGGGCGGGACCUGCUUUUCUGUCUCGAGUGAAAGGAAUCAAAAUGAAUGUGAUGGCUCGGUGCAGAAUCUGGGAGGUCUUCCUCAGACGUUGAGGGUAGCAUCUGGGUUUUCUACUCGUACGAUAUGAUGAUGUGCAUGAUUCAAUUGACUUCACAGGUCGGGAAUCCUGGAACAGUAAUUUUGGCCUCAAUAACAACGCUAAUUGGCAAUCCUGAAUUUGACCUUUGAUACAGUAGAGUACAAGUAUUACACGAGAAGUCGGAUGGAAGAAAACCAGCAGAGAACUAUAGCCCUUGCUCUCUCAGCUCUUUGAGUCUCUUCUUCUCUUCCCUCUCCCUCUUUCGAAUGUCUCUCAUAUCGGGCGGCUGCUCAAUACCCAGCUCUUUUCUCAAGUCACUAACGUCAUCCUCAAGUCUCUCUUCCCAGAAUACAUUGAUGACCUCUUUGCUCCGUGCCCCGUUCUUCAGAGCCCAGGGAAGAUAUAUCGAGGCGAAUCGCUGUCUCUCGCUCCUCUUCAUGGUAGCAGCCGCAAAAAUACUCAAUCCCGUCAUGGGAAGUAAAGUAUUCGCAAACUCAAAAGCCUUGAGAGCAACCUCACCUUCGCGCACAAUGGGCAGACCAGUCAGAGCGUGAUAGAAGUCAUGACACUCGCGGUAUCGCUGCAUGACAUAUGCGCACUCUUCGUCGUCGAUGUACCGCACUGUAGCUCGGGUAUCGGGGGAGACGCCUUCGCGAUCGAGCCACCCUACGUAGGCGCGACCGACGGAGUUUUCGGGUAGUGCGCGCAGAGCUUCGAGGGAGAGGGUUUUGGAGGAAAUUCGAGGUCGAGCUCGGAGGAUACGACGGCCGGUUGGAUCGGCGAGCAUGGCGUCGCGAAGGCGAUAGAUAAAGUAGGGUGUGGCAGUGGCUUCGCCAGUAGCGGCGAUGAGGUCUACGAGAGGUCAGUCAGGGACA